AUGUUCAUGAAUCUGACAGAGUUUAAUGAGUCUGAUCCCUGUGAGUAUUUCUCCUGUCCAGAGAGAUCUGUAUCUCCUGCAGUUUAUAUCUUACUGUACGUGUGUUUAGCUCCUGUGGUUCUGCUAACAGUGUGUGGAAAUCUGCUGGUCAUCAUCUCUGUUUUUCACUUUAAGCAGCUUCACACACCAACUAACAUGCUUGUGCUCUCUCUGGCUGUGUCGGAUUUCUUAAUUGGUGCUUUAGUGAUGCCGCUGCUAUUUAUUUGGACAAUCGAAUCGUGCUGGAUAUUUAAUACAGGAAGCUGCAUGUCCUUGAUGAUUACUUCAUUUUUUCUAGGGAACCAGUCUGUCUAUAAUAUUGCUUUCAUCGCUGUAGAUCGAUAUUUGGCUCUGUCAAGCCCAUUUUUCUACACAAACACAAUCACUGUAAAAACGAUGUGCAUCAUGGUUUCUUCUAACUGGUGUGUAUGUCUUAUAUACAACAUACUUUUUUGUCAUUUUAGUGGGAGUUUCACAAGUUCUGUAAUGUGUCCUGGACAAUGUUUCUCAGUUCCAAAUGAGGUUUGGACUGUAAUUGAUCUCAUAUUUUCAUUUAUAUUUCCACUUUCUGUUAUAAUCAUAUUGUAUACUCAAGUUUUUGUGAUUGCUAAGAAACAUGCCACUGCUAUCAGAGAGCUUAAUAAUCACACACGGCCUAAAACACAGAAAAUCACCUCACACUCAAUGAAAUCUGAGAGAAAAGCAGCUAAAGUCCUCGGCAUUUUAGUGUCUGUGUUUCUGGCCUGUUUGCUUCCAUAUUUUAUUUACAGUUCGUUAGGCAAUGUUAUUAAACUAGAGCCAGAAAUAUCACAUAAAGUCCUUGUUAUGAUAUAUCUUAAUUCCACCAUUAAUCCAUUUAUUUAUGCUUUGUUUUAUCCAUGGUUUAGGAGGUGUGUUAAAAUAAUCAUUACCUUGCAAAUAUUUCAAACAGACUCUGAAUUAAUCAAUGUUCUUUCUUCAUAA